CCACGGAUGACGAGACUCCGCCUCUUCCUAUGACGUCAUACCUGCCAGGAGCAACUCCAUUCUAGUCACUACCGUAACGCUACAUUAUACUUGCGGUUCCGCGACUGCCUGGGAGUCUGCUCUUCCACCAGGAUGCUUCUCUACAUCUGGAAGUAUCUGUACAACAAUUUCUUUAGAUUUUGGCUGAAAUGGUUUCUCAGGCAAGUUUAUGGCAAAUGUGAGCUGCAGAGGAUUUGUGACGGUUCCAAGGAUGGUGCUCGAAGGACGCAUAGGAUAGAGUAUUCUUUGGAAAACUCAAAAAGUAAGGUGCUGAGACGUGCUGUAGACGACGUUGAAAAUGAAGUUGACAGAUACGUAGCUGAUAUUGUACAAGAAAAGAAAAUCAAUGUAGAAAAAGAUAAAAGGAUUCAGAUAAACCUAAGGAUAUGCGUAUUACAGAUCUCUGGGUAUAAGAAUCUCUAUUUGGAUGUGGAGAGUGUAAGGAAGCAGCCAUAUGACUCCAACAAUCCUCAGCAUGAACAGCAAUUAAUGGAGCUUUGGGACUUGCUGAUGCCACAUGAAAAGCUGAAGUCUAGAAUCACUAAGCAGUGGGGUGAAAUUGGCUUUCAAGGUGAUGAUCCCAAGACAGAUUUCCGUGGCAUGGGCUUCCUAGGACUGGCCAAUUUAUUGUAUUUUAGUAGAAAUUACAAAGAGGAAUCUCGUUUGAUACUGUCUCAUUCCAACCAUCCAAAAAUUGGGUAUUCUUAUGCCAUUGUUGGCAUCAAUCUGACAGAAAUGGCAUACAGUUUACUCAAGAGCGGUGCUCUGAAGUCUCACUUCUAUAACAUGGUUCCUGGGUUCCCUGAAAUGAAAUGCUUUCAUCAGUUUUUUUGCUAUCUUCUCUAUGAAUUUGACAAGUUCUGGAUCAAAGAAGAACCUGAGAGCAUUAUGCAUUUCAACCAGUACAGAGAAAAGUUCCAUGAUCAGAUCAAGCAUCUUCUCAGUGACCCUGAUGUCAUACUGACUCUUUAAAGCAUCAUCUUAAUCAUAAUUUAUAUGUUCAAGGCCUCGGUACCUCCUAUUAUUUAAUGAAAAUUUCCCAUGAGCUUUGUUUUGUUCACUGUGUAUAUUGUUUUACUAUCGCUACCUGACAAUCAGAUUCUAUGUAUGUCUGUACCUGAAUGGAUUUUCCCACCAUUCCAGUGUUAACCUGUACGUCAUCUCUCAAGUCUGUAUGUUGAAUAUUAUUCUUAGAGCCUGUGGCAUAAUCUUGAUGUCUUAAGGGUUUUCCGGGAUUUAAAUAUCGAUGGCCUACCCUGAAGGUAGGCCAUCAGUAUCUGAUAGGCAGGGGUCUGACACCCCGCAGCACGAUCAGCUGUUCUACAGUAGCUCUGGAAUAAUGCAGCUGUGUCCGUACUUUAGUGGACAGAGCUGAUGACUGCAGCGCUGCUACCAUUCACUUCAGUGGACGCAGUACUGCAGUUUAGCAGCUCUGUCCACUACAAAAUGGACGGACAGCACUGUGUAGCUGGUGCGGAUUUCCAGUGGCAGAGCUACUCUGAAACAUCUCAUCAGCAGUGUUUGGGCUUGUCAGACACCGGUGGAUCAAUAUUAAAAUCCCAGAAAACUACUGUAAUGCUUAUGGUGUACAGUUUAUUGCAGGAAACUGCGCUUAAUUUUCCUCCUGCAAAAUGAUGUAGAAGUUUUUCAUCUCAUAAAAUAGUUUUGCACUUGAUUCCGAGCCUUCAUAUCUAAGGUUCUGGUCACAUGGUGGAUUUUUCUUGUCAGAUACACUGUGGAAUUUGUGGCUGACUCUUGGAUUUCUGCAGUUGUAACUGUCGUGGAUAUACAUGUGAGGCUAAUAUGUGUGCAGCUACCCAGCCAGCCACUGAAGAAAUGACAUGUUGAUUAUUUUUUUUCCUGCAAAGCAGAUUUCACCUCCAUGCCAUAUAACCUCCAGCGUGGAUUUCCCAUUGAUAACAAUGGAAGGUAGAUUGUGAGUGGCUUGAGUACAGACUUCACUGCAGAAUAUGCACUGAGAUCUGCACGGAAAAUCCACUAUGUUUACAUACACUUAGUUUCCUGCAAUAAUCUUUAAUCUGUUAAUGUUUAUGUUUUGGUCACUGUAUUCAAGAAAGGUUUGCAUGUUUACCACAGAUUUAUGUCCAUUUUAAUCAUUUACAAUUUAAUAAUUUACAAGUUGCAAUAAUUUACAAGUCCUCUGCAAUCACUGAUAUUUCACUUAAACCCAUCUUCUGCAAGGGGGUCUUGGUGGGGCACGGUCCUAUAAAGGAAGCAUUGGCUGGGGUCUGUGGCAACCAGACCCAAGGAGUGCUACUCGAAAAUGUCCUUUCCUUGACACAGAUUACAGUGCUGUUUGAAAUCAAUAUCAAUAUAUAUCAUGUCAGAAGAUGAGUUUAUGUGAAAUUUCAUUUGAAGACUUCCUUGCACAAAGGGGGCCAUUUAUUUAUCAGUCAUUUAUCAGAUGCACGCCAAUUUCUGGCGUAUAUGUGGCGCUGACUGUGACACACAGGUUAUUCACUCCGCAAUCUUUGACUUUUCCCCGCUUAUGCCAGGCCUAAAAAAAAGGUGUGGCCGAGGAAGGGGGCAAGCUGGCAGGCCCAUCUCAUUUAUCAUUUUCUAUGCCAGUUUUAGGCGUAGAAAAUGGCCUAAAUCUAUGCCAGCAAGGGAGCUGGCGUAGAUUUAGAUAGGCAGUGGAUAUGCCGAAGUUAUGUUGAGGUUGGUGCCCCUUCAUAACUUAGGUGCUGCCAUCACAAAGGGGUAUUAAGAUGCCAGUCUUGAAAAAUGUCCCCUAUGUCUAUAGCUUAAGUCACGUAUUGUUUGGUGUGAUGUCCAUUGCUGGCAAUGGGUUCAGGUAAUUAACACUUAGACACGCUCACACUACACCAUAUUCCUUUUGAUUGUAAUGUUUCCGGUCACACAGUGCGUUUUCACAUUUAUUGCUGUUAUAAUAUUGCGUGGUUUUAAAGUAAUAAUUACAGUUCAUCUAAAACAGA